GCAGCUCUCCGCCUCAGGCUCGCAAGUACAGCUCCAGGCAAUCAAGCUCCGCGCGGCGUGUGAUGCUUUACUGACCAUCAUCCUGAAUCUUUCACCUUUCCUCCAUUCCCUUCCCUCCCUGUGCUUCUUCUCUUCGUCAUAUUUUCUACACAUACACUAAUAGCUUCAGAAUGGAGGUUCUACUGGGCAUCACCGGCAAGGACUUCGUCCUGGUGGCAGCGUCCAAAGCCGCCAUGAGGGGUCCAACUAUUCUCAAAGCCGAAGACGAUAAGACACGACAGCUCAACAAACACAGCCUGAUGGCUUUCUCAGGAGAGGCAGGAGAUACCGUGCAAUUUGCGGAGUAUAUCCAGGCGAACAUCCAAUUAUAUACAAUGCGGAAUGAUACCGAACUCGGACCGAAUGCCGUUGCCAACUUUGUCCGGGGAGAAUUGGCGCGCAGCCUACGAUCUCGGAGCCCCUACACGGUCAAUCUGCUGCUCGCCGGUGUCGACGGAAUCACCCAGAAGCCUCACUUGUACUGGAUAGAUUACCUGGCUUCUUUGGCUCCCGUACCAUACGCUGCUCAUGGUUACGCCCAGUACUAUUGCCUAUCGACGCUUGAUAAACACCAUCAUCCUGAUAUCACUCUCGAAGAAGGCUUAAAGCUCCUGGUGAUGUGCACAGAUGAACUCAAGCGCAGAUUGCCGAUUGAUUACAAGGGUGUCUUGGUGAAGGUUGUAACCAAAGAUGGCGUGCAAGAACUAGACUUUGAUAAUGACAAGAUCGUCAAGUGUGCUUAAUGCGAUGUUGUAUAUCAUACCAUUUUUGUCUUUUGUUUUCGGUUUACGGGACUUGGUUUUCAGAUGAUCGGUUGCAUGGCAGGGUAUUUUUCAUGACUUGACUGAAAUGUAGUCUUGCCCACAAUUUAUUUAGGUAGAGACUA